AUGGUCAGGCGUGGCUGUCCAGUCCUUCUUCUCCAUCUCUUCAGCGUCUUUGCACAGACAGGAGGUAGUAUUCAGGAUCUCCUGUAUCCAUAUGGACCAGCCCAUAGAGAUCUAGAGACCCCCAAGAUGGACGAUGGAAGUUCUCCUGAAAUCACUCUGCUCAUCCCCUUCAUUUUCUUCAAUAUCGCCUACCGUUCAAUCUAUGUUAACAACAACGGUGUGAUCUCCUUCAACGUGCAGGUGAGUCAGUUCACACCGGAGGCCUUUCCUCUGAGCGACAGCAGAUCCUUCAUCGCUCCACUGUGGGCCGAUGUGCACAACGGUAUCCGUGGAGACGUCUACUACAGAGAGUCCACCGAGCCCGAAAUACUGGAACGGGCAACACAAGACGUCCGCAAGUACUUCAAAAACAUGCCCACCUUCACCGCCACCUGGGUUUUUAUCGCAACAUGGCACCAAGUCACCUUCUACGGAGGCAGCCAGACCACACCGGUGAACACAUUCCAGACUGUCCUGAUCUCAGAUGGCGUGGCCUUCUUCAGUAUGUUUAACUACGGCGAAAUCACAUGGAGCACAGGUACAGCCAGCGGAGGAGACCCUUUAACAGGACUGGGAGGGACCACAGCUCAGUCAGGUUUUAACGGCGGGGACAUCGGUCAUUUCUUCAACCUGCCUGGAUCGCGGUCCAACGACGUCGUCAACAUUGAACAAACGACCAAUGUCAAUCUUCCCGGACGCUGGUUGUUCCGCAUCGACACCGAGCUCAUAGACCCAGCCAACGGCUGCAGCUACAACGGUCGGUACUACAGACGGGGGGAAGUGUUCUGGCUGUCGGACCAGUGUUCUCAGAGGUGCCGCUGUCUGGACCUGGAUAAUGAAGUGCAGUGUCAGGAGGCUCCGUGCGGACAGCUGGAGACCUGCGAGCACCAGGAAGGAGCCUUCUACUGCCAGCCCACCCGCACCAGCACCUGCGUGGUGUUCGGGGACCCGCACUACCACACCUUCGACGGCUUCCUCUAUCAUUUCCAGGGAACCUGCUCCUACCUGCUGGCCCGGCCCUGCUGGGAGGUCAGCGGACUGCCCUUCUUCAGCGUGGAGGCCAAAAAUGAGAACCGUGGAAUGGCGACGGUGUCCUGGCUUCGAGACGUCACGGUGGAAGUGUACGGCCAUCGAGUCACGUUACCCAAAGGCAGCCUGGGAACAGUCCAGGUGGACGGUUUGAUGAAGACGUUGCCGGUCCAACUGAAGCUCGGUGCCAUCAAAGCCUACCAGUCUGGGGUGGCCGUUGCCUUGGAAACAGACUUCGGACUCUUGGUGACCUAUGACGGACAGCACUACGCCUCCAUCUCGCUGCCCAGCUCCUACUUCAAUAACACUUGCGGUCUUUGCGGGAACUAUAACGAUGACCCGGCCGACGACCCGGUGCUGCCGGACGGUUCUCUGGCGGAGAGCGUGGUGGAGCUGGGGGGGGGCUGGCGGGCCGAGGACACCGACUGGAGGUGCACGGACGGCUGCGCUCACAACUGCAGCGUGUGCGAUCCCGCUACAGAAGCCUUUUACUUUCGGCCAGACUACUGCGGACUCAUCAACAAAACCGACGGUCCGUUCAGGGACUGCCGCGCCGUGGUCGACCCCACGGCGUUCGUGUACAGCUGCGUUUAUGACAUGUGCAGCAACAGGGACAACAUCACCACGCUGUGCCAGGCCAUCCAGGCCUACGCUCUGGCCUGUCAGGCACUGGGGGUCACCAUCCGGUCCUGGAGGUCCCGCAACUUCUGUGCAUUAACGUGUCCAGAGUUCAGCCAAUACCAGAUCUGCACCACGGCAUGCCCCGCCUCCUGCUCAGACCUCACCUCUCCGCUCUACUGCACCCACCCGUGCACAGAAGGCUGCCAGUGCGACCCCGGCUUCGUCCUGAGCGGCAGCCGCUGCGUGCACCAGGAAGACUGCGGCUGCGAGCUCAACGGCCUGUACUACCCCCGCAACGCCACCUUCUGGGCGGGACCCGGCGGAGAAGAAGGGGAGUGCACCCUCCGCUGCACCUGCGGCCUCGCCGGAGAAAUCACCUGCUUCAACUCGUCCUGUAAAGAGGGUGAAGUGUGCGUGGCGGAGGUGGGCUUAUUAGGAUGCUACCCCCGCAGGGAGGGGCUGUGUUCCUUCACCCAGAACGCCAUGACCUCCUCCUUCGACGGAACCUUCCUCCAGUUCCCGCUGGACAGUUCCUUCUACCUGGUGAAGAUGUGCGGUGCGGUGCCGGUGAACGGCUCGGUGCUGGAGGUGAAGAUGGGCCGACAGCUGAUGAACAAAGGCCCCGCCUGGAAAAGACCGGUGGUGGUGACCGUGGCAAACAUCGAAGCACAAGUGGGAGGGGCCGACUUUGAUUCAGCCAAGGUUAACGGUGAAGCGGUGGCGCUCCCGUACGUCUCGCCGUCGGAGACCAUGAUGAUCUACCGAGCGCCGGGCAACGCCACGGUGGUGGAAGCCCGCGGUCUGCUGCGCGUCCACUACACGCGCCAGGGCCUGCUCAACAUCUCCCUGUCCACCAUCUACUACAACGUCACCUGCGGUCUGUGCGGGCUGUUCAACGGGAACGCCACCGACGACCUCCGUCUGCCCAACGGACGCCUGGCCGAGUCCUCCGAACAGUUCACGGAGGGCUGGAGGGCCAUCGCUGACGACCUGUCCUGCAACGGCGACUGCGAAGACCUGUACCAGACGUGCACGGACCUGCGGCUGUACCAGAGCUCCUGGAUGUGCGGGAACAUCAAUGACCCCGGGAACAGCUCUUUCCUGGCGUGUCACACGGUGGUCAACCCGUCGCCGUUCUUCCGCAGCUGCCUGUACAACAUGUGCGUACGGGAGGGGAACCGCUCCGUCAUGUGUUCGUCACUGCAGGCGUACGCCACCGCCUGUCAGGACGCACACGUGGGCCUGAGCGCCUGGAGGAGCGCCACCAACUGCCCUCUCCCCUGUCCAGAAAACAGUCAUUUCGAGGAGUGCACCAGCUCGUGCCCUUUGACCUGUACUAACCUGGAUGAGCCGGACGAGCCCUGCCCCCUCCCGUGUCACGAAGGCUGUCAGUGCGAGGACGGCUUCGCUCUGCGGGACGGACGCUGCGUGGCUCGGAGCGACUGCGGCUGCGUGAGCCAAGGGCGGCAGCUGUCCACCAACCAGACCUUCUGGACCGACUGGGAGUGCCGGGAGCGCUGCUACUGCAACGGCUCCGACAACAGCGUGUACUGCGAGCCGGCGCCGUGCCGCCCGGAGGAGUACUGCCAGGAGGACGACGGCCUUUACUUCUGCACGCCCAGGACCGAGGCGCUGUGCGUGGCGGCGGGCUACGGACACUUCCUGCCCUUCGGAGGCGUUCCCUUCGAGCUGCAGAGCUCCUGUACGCUUCAGCUGGCCACCACCGGCUGUGACCCGCACAACACCGCCUUUCCGCCGUUCAAACUGGCGGCACGGAACGAAGACCGGGACACGGGACAGGCCAUCUGGGUGAAGGGCUUCGUACUGGAGGUGUACGAGUACGAGAUCGAAGUGACGCGCAACUACAAAAACACUGUGACGGUGAAUAAAGAGCGUCUGUAUCUUCCUCUAAAACUGGGUCCAGGGAAGGUCAGCGUCUUCACCCUGGGUCUGCAGCUCGUCCUGGAGACAGACUUCGGCCUUAAAGUGGCCUUCGACUGGAACACCCUCCUCCUGCUGACUCUGCCCCGGAACCUGUAUAACGCGUCAUGCGGCCUGUGCCAGGGCGUGCCGGCGUCCCCGCCCACGCUGACCACGGCGGACUGGGGCCUGUCCUGGGCCGACAGGGACACCUUCUGUCAGGUGGGCUGCGGGGACGCCUGCCCCCGCUGCGGUCUGGGAGACAAAAGCGUGCUGGACGACGUCCCUCUCAUGGUGUCCGACGCCAACGCCGACACCGGCGCCGACGACGGGCCCGACCGGGUCAACGCGGGCAUUCGCUUCCACGUGGGCGACGGCCUGUACGUGUUCGUGGAGCCGGAGGCGGUCAGGCUGUGCGGGCUCAUCGUGGACCGAGGAGGCGUGUUCGCACGCUGCCACAGCAAGGUGGCGCCGGCGUUCUUCUACCAGAGCUGUCUGCAGGACACCUGUGUGGACCAGGGGGCCCAGGACACCAUCUGCAACUGGCUGCAGAUCUACGCCAGCACCUGCCAGACCCAAGGAGUCCCUGUGAGCGGGUGGAGGAGCGACAGUCCAUGUGUCCAGAGCUGUCCUCCUAACAGUCAUUACUCCAGCUGCAUGUCGGUGUGCCCGCCCCAGUGCGCCCCCGCCCGCGGCCAGAGGGACUGCAGCCUGGACUGUGUGGAGGGCUGUCAGUGUGACCAGGGGUACGUCCUGAACGGGAAGAGCUGCAUCCUACCCCAGAACUGUGGAUGUUAUACUGACGGAAAGUACUACGAGCCCAAACAGUUAUUCUGGAACAGCGACUGCACCAAACGUUGCCAGUGCAUCGGUCGGAACCUGGUCCAGUGUGACCCUCGCCGCUGUAAGUCCGAGGAGGAGUGCGUCCUGCGCUAUGGCGUGCGGGGCUGCUUCGCGCGGCCUCUCAGCAUUGCGUGGCUCGGGGGGCGGAGUCUUUCGACCUUCGACGGGGCGUCCCUGCGCCUCCCCGCCUCCUGCUCCUUCGUCUUAUCCACCAACUGUCACAAACUUCCAGACCUGUCCUUCCAGCUCAUCGCCAACUUCGACAAAUGGAGCACGCCCAACCUGACCACCAUCUCCCAUGUUUACCUGUACAUCAACGAGGAGAACAUCCUCAUCUCUGGAAGCACCAUCAAGGUCAACGGGACUCCGGUGUCUGUCCCCUUUCUGACCGGCCUGAUGACCCGUCUGACCACGUCAGAAGGCUUCAUUGUCAUCGACACGCCUCUG